AUGAUCUUAAUUCUUAAUGUGGUUUUCUAUCAGUUGAAGGAUGAAAAUGGAAAGCUUUUGGGUGUUGAUAUUCAGAAUCUUUUGAUUGCCAAUUCUGGUAAUGAUUUACCGGUAAUUGAUCUUGCCAGCGUGUCACAAGAGCUUGCAUACCUGGCAAGUGAUGCUGACCUGGUAAUUUGUGAAGGAAUGGGUCGAGGAAUCGAGACAAUCUUUAUGCUCAAUUUAAGUGUGAUUCCCUCAGAUUGGAAUGGUGAAGCAUCAAGAGGUUGCCCAGUUCCUUGGUGGGAGGCUGUACGAUUGUGUAUUCAAGUUCAAUGAAGUUGCAACUUGUUGAUUUAAUUCUUUCUGAAAACUAUAAAAUAUAUAACUUUGAGAGGAGGAAGUGUAGUAGUUUGUACUCUGUAGAUGAUGACACACACAAUGAAUCUGGUGUCUUUUUUUUUUUGCCUAACCACUUUCUUAGUUCCAAAGAAUAUUUUGAUAAGUGGGAAGUGUAGGUGAUGUGAAAAUUAAAUUGGUUCCUAAUUAAUGCUCCUAC